AUGAACUCUGAUACUGACCCCUUUCUCCAAGUACAAGCAGACAUCCUAUCUACUCUCUCUACGACUCGUCCGCUGUUCUCCUCAUACCAACGUAUCCGAUCUCUGGCAACCUCCCCGUCAAGUCCGGAACUUAUCCAAGCCCGUGAAGAGCUCGAGGCAACAGUCGCAGACCUCAGCGCAGACCUAAAAGACCUCGUCGAGAGCGUGCAAGCUAUCGAAUAUGAUCCCUACAGAUACGGCCUGGAGCUCGACGAGGUCGAACGACGUCGAAAACUGGUGGAUGAUGUAGGCAAGGAGAUCGAGGAGAUGCGUGAGGAGCUUCGGCGGACCGUACAUGAGAACCCGGGAGCGCCGGGAGCGGUUGGCAAGAGAACAGCUGGCCCCGGAGCCGGAACAGGGCUUCCUGCUCCGUCUACGUUUGAUAACCUGCUUGAUGAGGAUGGGCAGGAUCGCGGGGAGGAUUAUUACUCUGAGAUGGAGCAGCAAAGGCAGGUUGAGCUGAUGCAGGAUCAGGACCAGCAGCUCGACGGGGUGUUUAGGACGGUGGUGAAUUUGCGGCAGCAGGCUGAUGAUAUGGGGAGGGAGCUGGAGGAUCAGUCUGAGAUGCUGAAGGAUGUUGAUACCCUUGCUGAACGGGUGGGUGGCAAGCUACAGGAUGGUGUGAAGAGGGUUGGACAUAUUAUCAAGAAGAAUGAAGAUACCAUGUCGAGCUGCUGCAUUGCGGUAUUGAUUAUGGUACUGAUCCUGCUUUUAGUUCUGGUAUUAAUCCUCUAA